AUGCUGAAGGACGGUAGCUGCCCCGUGGUGUUCCCAAUCCCCGGCCAGUGGAGCUUUCUCCUGGCCGACAUCUUCACCACGCUAGUGGAGCUCCGCUGGAGGGUCAUGCUCCUCAUCUUCUGCCUCUCCUACGUCCUCUGGCUCUUCUUCAGCGUCCUCUACUUCCUGAUCGCCUACGUCCACAAAGACCUGGAGGACCAUGACUCGGCUCCGUGUGUGGCGAACGUCCGCAGUUUCACCUCCGCCUUCCUGUACUCCAUGUCGACCCAGGCGACUAUCGGCUACGGCUUCCGGGUGAUGACGGAGAACUGCAUGGUGGCCAUCGUGGUGAUGACUAUCCAGGCCCUGAUGAGUUGCUUCAUCGACCACAGUCGUCACGGCAUCACCGUGGCCAAAAUGGCGUGCGCGAGCAAGACGCAGACAGUGGGCUUCAGCAGCUGCGCCGUGGUCAACGCGCGCGACGGCGCCCUGUGCCUUGUGUGGCGAAUUGCCGACUUCCGCAGGAACCACAUCCUGGAAGGCACCGCCCGGGCGCAGCUGGUCCGCCCCACGAAGCACCCCUCUGGGAUGAUCUCCGUGACCUACCAGGACCUAGACAUCCAGAGUAGACACCUCAUCCUGGCCACCCCGGCCAGCAUCGUUCACAAGCUGGAGCCUGGGAGCCCCCUCUACAGCCUGGGUCCGGACAGCCUGACGGAGGAGGACUUUGACCUGGUAGUGUCCUUCACCUACACCGGUGACUCCACAGGAAUCCUGCACCAGACACGCACGUCUUACACCCCGGCGGACAUCCGCUGGGGCCAGCGCUUCCAGGACAUGGUGCAGGGGAGGAGGCACUACAAGGUAGACUAUGCCCUGUUUCAUCAGACCACCUGGGUGCAGACACCCAUGGUCACGCCCAGGAGGGGGACAGGGGGAGACCGCCGACCACGGAGUCUAUCGGCCAAUCGCAGCAGCCGUUUGUGAGAUCGAGCAGGAAAUUCCAGAGUCCUUGGCUGAUGUCAGUGAGGAGGUGGUUCAGGAGGCGUGGCUCUGAUGACGCUGUGAUAAUCCCAAAACAGCAGAGACAGAUAACUACAUUGUUAAAUUAUGUUAUAUAUCAUUAUCACACAGGACUUCAGUAAAGGACUUGAGUAAGUGUAAUAGGGUAGUUUCAUUGUAAAUAACUAUUUUAUAUAAUAUUUUAUACUCCUUUGUUAUUUCCUUUAUGAAUGUAAUAAUUUAACUAAAUGUUAUUUUCUAUCAGUUAAAUAAACAAAGCGUACGUUGUUAAAGUCACAUCUGACGUCCGAGGUCUGGCCUCAUUUGAACGUCUUUGUUGUGAUGGACAGGCUGUGCACCAAAUUUAAKAUAAAUAUACUUUUUUCUGA